AUGGGGACCGGGGUCGGGACACGUGCACUUGGCGUCAGCGACACGGACGCAGGGCGGCGACAGGCAGCAGCCUGGAGUGAGGAAACGGGGCUGCUCCUGGACGGCCUGGGGGUCACCGCGCUCCGGGAGGGGGAGAAGAGAGGUGCCCCCGUCCCGGCUCAGCCUUACACCCGGAGACCCCAUCCCUCCCGGGCCCAGCUGCUCACGGCCCGCUGCCCCCGCGCCCGCUGGACGCAGCAACGAAGCCCGAGAGGCUUGCAGCCGUACGCGCGCAGGCAUGCCAGCCUAGGGAGCGGGGCGGAGACCACACCCGGCGACUGGGAACCACAUCCGGCGACUGGGGGCGUCGCCGAGCAAACGCGGCGGAGUCGGAAGGGCAGGACCGCGGAGGAAGCCCCGCCUCCUACACGUAACUUCCGGCGGACCUCCGCCUUUGGCGCACACGGCCGUCUGCGCGAGAGCGGCGUCGUUGACGCAUGCGCGCUGACCUCGAGCUGGGCGGGUGGUCCGCGGUGCCGCCCAGGUAGCAUCUCGACUUGCCGCCCCGACCCUGGGGCGCUGGGGGAGCACCUGCGAGGCGCAUUCCGGGAGGCUCCUGUGAAAGGGGCUUCCGGAGGAGAGGGGCUGGAAACGUCUGGGUUUGCAGGCUCACCUUGUGCACAACUUGGAGCACGUUUUGUGAGGGAGGAAGGUGGUGUGAACAGGCUAAGGGACGUGUCCAAGGUCGUGCAGCCGAGGAACCCGCCGGACUGGCAGAGGCCGGACGUUUAG